UCUGAACAGGCCUGGAUUCCAGUGCAGAUAGUGGGUGCAAUGCCCAACCAGCCUCCCAAACCGUCCUUCAUGUCCAUGUUUAUCCUGGAAGUGGACCAGUUCAUCCUCACACCACUCUCCACUGCUACACUAGACACUGAAGACGAAGAAACUCCCAAACAGCUUUUGGUUUUCAACAUCACCAAACCACCAGCAGACGGCUUCAUCACUCAUCUGUCAGAUCAUACGCGCCCAAUCUCCUCCUUUACGUGGCUUGAUCUCAAUGACAUGCUCAUCGGGUAUCAACCUCCAAACUCCUCACAUACCCAACGCAGGAAUUAUGAGGUGGAAUUUGAAGUUCACGAUUUCCUCUUUGAGAAGAGCCCACCAAUGACUGUUCAUGUGUCUGUAAGGAAUGCAGAUACGAACGCACCCAGGGUGUCCUGGAACAUGG